AAUGGAAGGGAGAUGAUGCCAGGCAGCAGCAAGGUGAGGCAGCGAGUGGAGCUUGCUCGUUCUAUGCGUUGCUUCAUGCUUGAGGAUAUCAAUGGAAAAGCUCCCGGCAUGGAAACGGGCAUGGGCGUGGACAUGGGCAUGAGCUUCAUGGGACUGCCACAAGCUGACCAGAAACACUGUUCUAGGAAUGGACAGAUGGAAGCUAUCGUACUGAUAUGCUCAUUGUGCCGUCAGUACCUAUCAAAUGUGGGCUCUUGGCUUCUACCCUGCCAGCAUUUGCUCUGUAAGGGUUGCUUCCAGGGCUUGAUCCAGAAACUAGGACAGAUUGCCAAGGCUCACCGGACUGUCCCAGAUGAGCUCAUCUCCUGUCCUGGGUGUAAGCAAGUGUAUCUUACCGAGGAUGUAGCUGAACAUUUUUUUCUGCAGUGCAUUCCUGCUGGGCAACCCAAGAUGGCCAGGAACUGCUCCGAGUGCAAGGAGAAAAGGGCAGCACACAUCCUCUGCACCUACUGCAAUCGCUGGCUGUGCAGCUCUUGCACAGAGGAGCACCGGCAUGGCCCUGCCCCUGGUGGCCCGCUCUUUCCCAGGGCCCAAAAGGGAUCUCCAGGAGUGAAUGGUGGUUCUGGGGACUUCACCUUGUACUGUCCUCUACAUACACAGGAAGUACUCAAGCUAUUCUGCGAGACCUGUGAUGUGCUCACAUGCCAUAGCUGCCUAAUGGUGGAACACAAAGAACACAGGUGCAGACAUGUUGAAGAAGUUUUGCAAAACCAGAGGAUGCUUCUGGAAAGUGUGACAACACAGGUGGCACACAAGAAAUCCGGUCUACAGACAUCUGCAAAGCAAAUUGAGGACAGGAUUUUUGAAGUGAAGCAUCAGCAUAGGAAGGUGGAAAACCAGAUCAAAAUGGCCAAGAUGGUUCUGAUGAAUGAGCUGAACAAACAGGCCAAUGGGCUCAUAGAAGAGUUGGAGGGCAUUACUAAUGAGAGAAAGCGGAAGCUGGAACAGCAGUUACAGAGCAUCAUGGUUCUCAAUCGUCAAUUUGAGCAUGUGCAGAAUUUCAUCAGUUGGGCUGUCUGCAGCAAAACCAGCAUCCCUUUCCUUUUCAGCAAAGAGCUGAUUGUGUUUCAGAUGCAACGAUUGCUGGAGACAAGUUGUAACACAGAUCCUGGCUCCCCUUGGAGUAUCAGAUUCACCUGGGAGCCUAACUUCUGGACCAAGCAGCUGGCUUCUCUUGGCUGCAUAACUACUGAAGGUGGACAACUGUCUCGGGCCGAUGCUCCUGCUUAUGGAGGCUUACAGGGUCCAUCAUCUUUUUACCAAAGCCUCCAGUCUCCAGUGGCUCAGCAAGAGGCUCUUAGCCACCCCUCACACAAGUUCCAGUCUCCAGCACUGUGCUCCUCAUCUGUGUGCUGCUCCCACUGCUCUCCAGUGUCACCUUCCCUCAAAGGCCAGGUCCCCCCACCCAGCAUACACCCAGCCCACAGCUUUAGGCAGCCCUCUGAGAUGGUGCCCCAACAGCUGGGGUCACUGCAGUGCUCUACCCUGCUGCCCAGGGAGAAAGAGCUGGCCUGCAGUCCUCAUCCACCGAAGCUGCUGCAGCCCUGGCUGGAAACCCAGCCGCCUGUGCAGCAGGAAAGCACAUCCCAGCGGCUGGGGCAGCAGCUGCCUUCCCAGCCUGUGUGCAUUGUCCCCCCACAGGAUGUUCAGCAGGGACCCCACACCCAACCCACCUUGCAGACACCCUCUAUCCAAGUCCAGUUCGGCCACCAGCAGAAGCUGAAGCUUAGUCACUUUCCACAGCAGCCACAACAGCAGCUGCCCCCUCCGCCCCCUCCCCCACCACCUCCCCCACAGCAGCCAUCCCCACCUCUACCUCCCUCCCAGCAUCUGGCUUCUAGUCAGCAUGAGAGCUCUCCUGGGCCUGCCUGUUCCCAGAAUGUGGAUAUAAUGUACCAUAAGUUUGAGCUGGAGGAAAUGCAGAAGGACUUGGAGCUUCUCCUUCAGGCUCAACAGCCCAGCCUGCAACUGAGUCAGACCAAAUCUCCUCAGCAUCUUCAGCAAACCAUCGUGGGGCAGAUCAACUACAUCGUGAGGCAGCCAGCACCCGUCCAGUCCCAGAGCCAGGAGGAGACCCUGCAGGUUACAGACGAGCCCCCAGCAUCUGAGGGCCCGAAGCCAGCUCUCCCUCUUGACAAGAAUACUGCUGCUGCCUUGCCCCAGGCAUCUGUGGAAGAAUCCCCUCUCAGUGUCCCCCCAGUGGACAGCACCAUCCAGCACUCCUCUCCGAGUGUGGUGAGAAAGCACUCCACCUCAGUGAGCAUCAUGGGUUUCUCUAACACUCUGGAGAUGGAGUUGUCAUCUACCAGGCUGGCAAGGACCCUAGAGCCACAGAUCCAGAGUGUGAGCAGCCUGACAGCUGUCCCCGCUCAGGCAGCACCAAGCUCGAUGAGUGGCCCCCCACAAACUGUGUCCAGCCUGACAAGUGUUCAAAACCAGGCCAUGACCACCCUGACAACCAGGCACCUACAGACCAUGCCCAGCCUUGUGCGUAGCACGUUCCAGUCUAUGCCCAACCUGAUGAGUGAUUCUCCCCAGGCCAUAGCAGGCCCAGUGAGCGAUCGCUCUCAGGCCAGGCCCAGCCUAAUGCCUGUUCAUGCCCAGGCUGUGCCGAGUCUGGCAGCUUGUCCUCUGCAGAGCAUGCCUCCAGUCUCUGAUAUGCAGCUGGAAACUCGUUCCAGCUCCAGUCCUCGCUCUGGCCAAAGUAUAGGAAGCCUGUGCCCCAGGGAUGGGGCUGACCCCUCCCUGGGGAAUGCCCUAUGUAAGAUGGAAAGUGAGGAUUCCACACGCUUCACUGACUCACUGGGACAAGGCUCCACAGCCCUUACCCUGGAUGCUCCCAAGGACUUGGCUAUCCCCUCAGAACUAGAGGAGCCAAUUAACCUCUCUGUGAAAAAACCUCCACUGGUGCCAGUGGUCAGCACAUCUACAACUCUUCAGAAGUACCACAGCCCAAAAGGUGAGACUCAAGAGUAUGAGAAUUUUGAACAAGGAGCCUUAGAGCUGAAUACAAAAAAGAACCAGGGCAUCAGAGCCUUCAACAGUGAGUGCAAGAUGCCCUACGUGCGACUGGAGAGGCUCAAGAUUUGUGCUGCCUCCUCGGGAGAAAUGCCUGUGUUCAAGUUGAAGCCACAGAAGAAUGAUCAGGAUGGGAGCUUCCUGCUGAUCAUCCAGUGUGGCACUGAGUCCUCCAGCAUGUCCAUUAAGGUCAGCCAGGGCAAACUGCCUAAUGCCAUCCAGGUCCCAGGUCUAGGGAGAAGAAAGGUCACUGUCACUUCUCUGGCUGGGCAGCGGCCACCAGAGGUGGAAGAUACAUUUCCUGAAGAACACAGACUCAUGCCUCGAACUCCUGGAGCCAAGAAGGGUCCCCCGGCCCCAAUAGAGAAUGAGGACUUCUGUGCUGUGUGCCUCAAUGGGGGAGAGUUGCUGUGCUGUGACCGCUGCCCCAAAGUGUACCACCUUUCCUGCCACGUGCCAGCCUUGCUCAGCUUCCCAGGGGGAGAGUGGGUGUGUACCUUGUGCCGCAGCCUGACCCACACCGAGAUGGAGUACGACUGUGAGAAUGCCCGCUAUAGCCAGCCUGGAAUGCGGGCGCCUCCUGGCCUGAGCACAUAUGACCAGAAGAAGUGUGAGAAGCUGGUAUUGUCCUUGUGCUGCAAUAGCCUCAGCCUGCCUUUCCAUGAACCUGUCAGCCCCCUGGCACGGCAUUAUUACCAGAUUAUCAAGAGGCCCAUGGAUCUGUCCAUCAUCCGGAGGAAGCUGCAAAAGAAGGAUCCAGCUCACUAUACCACCCCAGAGGAGGUGGUGUCAGAUGUGCGCCUUAUGUUCUGGAACUGUGCAAAGUUCAAUUACCCUGACUCGGAGGUCGCAGAGGCUGGCCGCUGCCUGGAAGUGUUCUUUGAGGGCUGGUUGAAGGAUAUCUACCCGGAGAAAUGGUUUGCCCAGCCCAGGCAGGAGGACUCAGACUCUGAGGAGGCAUCCAGCGAGAGUGGAUGUUCCACUCCCCAGGGCUUCCUGUGGCCCCCCUACGUGCAGGAGGGCAUCCAACCCAAGAGGCGGCGACGACAUGUGGAGAAUGAAAGAGCAAAGAGAAUGUCUUUCCGUCUGGCCAACAGUGUUUCCCAGGUGUGAGAGCUGGGAGGAGACUGAGUGUUCUGGCAGCUGGUGUCCCAUCCUGUUGACCAUUCCUCCCCAUCUUUCAGCUUUUGCUCUUCAGAAUGUGGAUGUGAGAUGAGUCUUGUUGAGCUGUGUAGUGCUCUUCUUUGCCAUUUGCAUCUACAGCAUUUAUUUGGGAGCCAUAGUGCAUCCACUACAGAGAUUUCAGUAAUAAACAGGAAAGAGGGAGGUGUUCCUUAUUUCCGGAGUAAUCCCAUGUAUAGGGUCCACUUGACAAAACUACAGCUUGGAAGGCCCUAACUUCCUUGGUGAACUCUUUCUGCUGAGGAGGACAAACCUUUCUCACUUUUCCAUGUCCAGACUCAGGAGCAGUGUCUACAUCUGAAUUCCUCCUGGGCUCAGAAGUGGGUAAAAGGCGGGAGAGAGGUUUGGACAUGUGGCAGGCUUGUGAUCGCUGGCCCAGCACAUCCAAAGACUGUCACUGUUUGCCUUUGCUUGUCCUGUCUGGACAGAGGCACCUGCCGUGGGCAGAAUAAUGGAGGCUUAUAGAGGCCGUAGAUCUCAAUUGGUGCCUAUUUGGCUUCUAACGGUUUUCAGGGUAUUUGUUUUACAUUCCCCCUGUCCUUAUAUUGACUUAGGUGGCUGCUGUGAAGGUGCUCUGGAUGGUAUGGAAUUCUUGACUGAGCUAGGGGGGUAGGUAGAGACCAUUUACAUUUUCCAGCUUAUAUUUCAUUUGGAGGCUUAAAAAGAUGUCAACUUCAGAGUCUGCCCUUUGUGCCACUUACUUUGGGCUAAUAGCACUUCUUUAGUGUCAGACUCUGCCUUCCUAGAAGUGAUUAUUGGUGCUUGUCAGUGGCCACUCCUUCAUCAUCCCUAUUCAGAGGUCUGGAUCCUGAGUUCUGCUUGGAAAAACUGUGAGGCAGCUGCUGUCUGCUUCAGGUACAGAGUUUCUAGGCAAGGAAAGUAACCCACAACCAGCUGGGCCUCUUCUUCUGCUUAGAGAUUCUAGUUCUCAACAUCUCCAAGUUGGCAGAACCAAAGAUGAGAAGUGAGUCCUCUGGCUAGCCUUCCUCCAGGCUGUCUGCAGCCCCGAAAAAAACAAUGCUCUUUGGGCAGCCCUUUUUUGUUGGAGGUUGGAGAAGGCCUCAGGGAUGGGCAGGAGCCAGACCUGAGCAUUCCUGGGGGAAGUUCUGUCUAGGGCGGAGAAGGGGAAAGUCAUGAGGUGAGACACCACUGUUCUUUGGUGACCCCAAAGCAACAUCAGGACUAUAGUUCUCCUAGAAUGCAGAGAGAAGCAUUCUGGAAGCCAUAGGAACAGGAACUCCAGGAUGUAUCUCAAGUGGAUCUUCAUGGUUCAUCAGGGUUUUUUUAUGGAAGUGGCAUAGAAAGGUACUGGGGUCAGGCUACCUCCCAAGCAAGGGCUUGGUUAAGAAGGAACCUGUUGCUGAUAUUGUUGGGGGAGCUCUGGACUUGACAUUUUGGUGGCCUGGCCCUGAGACAGCUCUCCCUGGAGGUCCUGUCAUGGCAUGGCUAAGUUCAGGGAAGUCUCAGGUCAUGGCUUUGUUUUUGCUAAGAGAUGCAGUUUAAGGAAGUUCUUAUUUGUAGGGCCUUUGCUAACGAACUUUUUUUUUUUUUAUCAGAAAAUAUUUCUCCUCUCCUUGUGAGUUGAUGGUAUUGCUCAUUUUCUUUCUACCCAAGCUGAGAGAUCAUCUUUACUUGAAAGCAAACUGUGUAUUGACUUGCCAUUCUUUCCAUAGCACAUGCCAAGUUUUGCUAAGCAGAUGAGCUUUCAUAAUCCUGUUUUCUAGUUUGGGGUAACUGAGUCUUUAAUGCUUCACUGGUCAGGCAAUCUUUGGACUUAGCCCUCUGCUCCUUGGGGCUCACAUAAUUUUCUGGCUUGGGCUCUGGCCAUUUAUUUUUCAAUUUUUGGAUAUUUUUCUCUGUUUAGUUGGCUUGGCAGGGUUCACUCUGUACUUGCCUCAUUAAUUCCUGUACUUGGUCAUUUUUCUUUUUUGUGGUUCACAUUCCUACCACCCCAUUGUAUUUGGUGUUGGGCAGUCAGUGAGGCUUGUGACAAACCUGAUUGAGAUCCUUCUUCAGGACCAAUUGGAGACAAACAUGAAGGAAAAAUAUGAAGGACAAAUAUGAAGCAGAAAUGCCCACUAAAAGCCUGGCUUCCCUUAUAUCAGUGAAGCUCCCUGCUUGGGUGUGGCUUGCUAGGCCCAAGGGUUCGCUUGCUGGGCCAGGGGAUCUUAGUAAUGUGGUAGAGAGUCACAUAUUCCCUUUCCAUCAUAGAGACCUGCAUGCUGAGAAGCUCCCUUUAGGUAGGGAUAGGUGGGAGGUAGGGUGUCUUUUCCUCUGACAGUGUGAGAUCCUAGCCUACGACACCAUCCCUACUCUGGUAGUCCCAUGUCACUACCCUCUCCCUGGCUUUCCCUGCGUACCUAGCUGCCAACAUUUUGAGUCAUGGUUUUGUUUAGUUUUAUUUUUACAUGGAGAAAGUAGAACAAGACUCUUUAGAAAUACAAAAUCUUGCUAGCCAAGUCACUGCCUUCAAAGGCUAUUUCCUAACAUUUGGGCCAAUCCUCCAUUUGACUUGUUCUCAUAGUGGCCCCAUUUUGGAGUCAGUCAAGUCCUUUGGCCCUUGACAAAGUCAUGCAAUGGAAAUACAGUGAGUUCUGGAUUGUUAGGGUACAGCAUACGAUCCUGUAGCAUGCAGAGGAGAAAUUGGCUUCUUGGGUGUGCUGAGAAACAGGAUAGUAGAGUGGCUUCAGUUGAUGUAAGGGGAUUUUAGGGCAAAAAUUGAUACAGGGUGAAUUUGCAGAGCACUCUUCCACAGACCAUAGGUAGGUUGGCCCUGCCUAACUCCUAGCAAUUGCUAAUAACUACACACCCUGCCUGCCUCCCUGAGUGGCAGCCACCACACCCUCCAUAGGCUGUGCUCCAUGGCAGGCCCUGCCUUCACCCCUGGAGGACUCUGGCACCCUAUAUCCAUUUCUAGCGAUAGGUCUUUGCUUGACUCCUAAGACCUAGGCCUCUCCCUGUUUGUUCCUGGGCUCUGCUCCCUCUCUCACUCCACGGGGCACCUGUUGUCUUCUCUUCUGAACUCCUGAACUGAGCCUUUGCUCUUUCUGGAUUGCCACCUCCUCUGCCUCCUCUUCUUCUCCCUCCCUCACUGCUGCCAAAAUUACCCUGCGCCUUUAAUCCAUUUCCAUGACUUUAGCCCCUGUCUUCCUUUCCUAGUCUUUCAUCCUUCUCCUGGACUUCUUACCCUCCCCAGCCUGAACCCACAGCCCAUCACACGCUGACAUUUUUAUCAGCAUCCUAAACUUUCUCAUCCCCUCCAGCUUUUGCUGAAACUAUCAACCAUUCUCUAUUUUCUACAUCAUCCUAUUUUCUGCUCCCUCUUCCUGGGCUGCCGAGCAUGACAGAUUCAUAGUUGACAGCGUCAGAUGGGCUUUCAGUAUUGAUUGUAGAUUCUUUAACUUGUUGUUACUCUUCUUUCCCAUCCAUGCCCUUUGUCUCUGCUCUCAGCAAAUGACUGACCUCAUUGUCUGCUGCACAGUAGAGAGCCCCUAACUUGAGAACUUCCCUGCUGGCUGCUCCUCCCCCUGCCAUUUGUCCCUGUCUGAAUCCCUCCUUAUCUCCUUCCCUCCUGCUCCCAUUCAGUUCUCUGUUUCUGGAUCCUGUUUUAUGUCCUCCAAAACUUUGCUCCCUCAUUUAUCCCAUUGCUCCCACUUCCCGGGGCUUUCAGCCUCCCUCUCUGUUGGUUACCUCCACAUAGUCUGCAAACAAGCGGAAUUCUCCCCAAGAUUAAAACGAAAUAUCUUAGAGUCUGCUGCCCCUUACUCUUUUCCCUUGUCAGCCAGGUUUCUUUUAAAAAGAAACUUUUUUAUUGAUUCUUCUCAGUUACACUUCAGCUCUCUAUAGUUUUCAUAAAAGCCAUCAGUGACUACACAGUUGCCAAAUCAAAUUAAUAUCUUUCAGUCCUCAACUGUCUUGAAUUCUCCACAGCUUUUCACCACAGCAUCCACCACCCCCUGCACGAAACACCCUGUUCACUUGGUUUUUAUGACACCACAAGUCUCUGGAUUCUCAUCUUUCAGCCACACAGGCUGAGCCUUUCCUGAAACCUGGACAGGGGGACAUGUCUGUGGCUGUCUGCGGUCACUCCUCUCCAGGAUUUGGAUAGGCAGGAAGAUUCACAGCUGCUCCUCUUCCAGCUUCUCCGUGUCUGUUUUCUUGUGAGUUCAUUCCUUCUCCUGGACUCAGUUCUCCUCAUGCCAAGCAUGUUUAUGAGCUCCUGCUGGGAGGACAGCAUCUGCAUGUCCUUCCCUCUGUCUCUCCCAGUAUAGCACAGAGACAGAUUUUAGCUACAUUUGCUAAGAGGCCCCUUCUAAAUCAGCCCAAGAGUGUGGAUUAGGUUUUAUAGCAUCUAGGUAGCAGUUUGGCUAAACUGGAUUACUGGAUCAUCAGUAUGAUCCCAUACCAGUUAGAGACUGCCAGUCGGUAAGGAGGUAAGACAUGUUUCCAUACAUGGUUCAGUGCUGCUAACCAGGAGGAGAAUCCUAGCAGGGAUGGGCGUCUGCCACUGACAAUAUUCUGAUGCAGGGGAGACUGGAUAGUGGGAAGUGCUGUGCUUCCUCACUUGGUUGGGCUCAGCUGGAGUCAGCAGGACUCCCUGUAGCAGGGUCUUUCUCUCACCUGUGCUGAUCGUCACCACCUGCUUGCUCCAGUUGUUCCUGGAGCUGGGGGUAGAUGCUGGUUGGAGGUAAGGAGGUGUAGUAGAAAGACAUGAUUUGAGAGUUGGAACACCUAAAUUUUGGUGCUGCCAAUUAUGAGCUUUGUGAUCUUGGGUAUAGUUUCCUCUUCUGUAAAGCUGGGCUAUGGGAAUGGCUGAGAACAGUGAUCUCUCAGAAGCUCUCCAGCUCUAAAGAUAAUAUGUGUGAUUCUAACUCUAAAGCUCAAGCCACAUAAGGAAUAAGGGAACUCUGGGGGUGGAACACAGCUGGGGGAGUCCUGGCGAGGGCAGGGAAAGGGACUCACAGGCCAAAUUGAGCUGCUUUGAGGAAGGUUCUUACCCGCUGGUGCUGCUUCUCAAGCCAUAUGCCCAUUCCUCAAGCUGUACCCCAUUCUUGGAUAUCUAGUAUGAGUUCCUCCUAGGCCUUUUCUAGAAGUGGUAAUUGGAUCCAGAAUGGUUAAGGGCAUGAGGGAGGAAUAUUGUAAGGGGAAGUGUCACUGAUUUUAAAAGGACCUACACAUUCAUGAACAAAUAAAAACUAGCACUUUUCCUUAA